CACCGUCUCUAGUGAAACAACGAUGGCGGACCUGUUGAGGCAAAGACGCAAAUAGGCACUUAUAAGCGUUCUAUUCGAGAAACAAGUAUAAGUUCGAAAAUAUUAGAGAAUCGUACUGGUCCUUGACCGUCGCAGAAAUAGUUUCGUCUUGCCAUACCUAUGUGCGAUCACUUGAGGCGCAUUGAUGAUGAUUUCGCCUUCUGAUACGCCAUUUUGGGUUGACAGCUGGUCCAGCGACAGUUUUGCCCUAGGUGGUUCCUCUGAAUGUCUUUUCUUGUGCUGUUUGAUCUUGCCGUAGGUGGUCAAGACCUGAGUUUAACUCUCCAUAAGGACUAAAAAAUUUUGGUUCAACUCUCAAUUCUUAGAGAAUUGAGAAUUUUUCUACAACUUUAUCUACAAGUGUGUGGUAAUCGGACUUGUCCGACGUGAGGACACGAGAAAGUGUGUAGAGUAAAGUCGAAGGCCAAGAUCCCCUAUAGAUUAUAGAUAAAAUAACAGAUGAAGGCUUUCUAGUUCUAAGAAAAAUGAAUAAGUCUACUAGGUCGGUAGAGAAAAGAAGUGGAAGAAAAAAAGUUACAGUCGAAGCACCCUAAGAAUAGAGGAACAAUAGGAUAC